AAACUCGAACAGGCAUGGCGUAUUACGGUUGCAGAAUUGUCGCCAGACCCCUCGUCAACAGAUCAAAAUCUUCUUCUUUCUCACGAUUCUCAUCCGUUCGUGCAAUGGCGACCAAUUCUGACGUUUCUUCGCCAUUCAAGAAAGUCCAGAUUGAGGGAAAUAACUCGACAUUUGAUGCCUAUGUGAUCGGGAGAGAUGAUGCUCCGGGGAUUGUUGUGCUUCAAGAAUGGUGGGGUGUUGAUUUUGAGAUCAAGAAUCAUGCGCAGAAGAUUGUCGGGUUUGAUAAGGGCUACAAAGCAUUGAUACCAGACUUGUACAGAGGGAGGGUUGGUCUAAACGCUACUGAAGCUCAACACUUGAUGGAUAAUCUUGACUGGAAAGGCGCGGUGAAGGAUAUUGAAGCCUCUGUCAACUGGCUCAAGGCAGAAGGUUCUAAGAAGGUUGGUGUUACUGGGUUCUGCAUGGGUAGUGCCCUAGCUAUUGCAAGUUCUGUAUUGGUUCCGGGGAUUGAUGCUGUGGUAUCUUUUUAUGGAGUGCCUUCGCGUGAACUUGCGGAUGUUACCAAAGCUGAGGCACCUGUGCAGGCUCACUUUGGUCAACUUGAUACCUUUGUUGGGUUUUCGGAUGUUGAGACUGCAGAGAGUUUACAAUUUGAACUAAGGAGAACAGUUGAACAUGAGGUGUUCGUAUAUAAGGGAGUCGGGCAUGCCUUCAUGAACAGGUCCCCUGAAGGGAUUGAGAGAAGGAAAAGGAUGGGAAUAAAUGAUGAAAAUGCCGAAGCAGCAAGUAAGUUGGCCUGGCUCCGUUGUCGUGCGUGGAUGGCUCAUUACUUAUCAGGCUGAAUUGAUGCUUUUGCGCUUAAUUAGCUAAUGCAGAAUUAUAGAGUAAGCCUCUUUUUGUUGUUGACAUUACCCGUGUGUCCAUAUUAAUGCUUAUUGUUGUGCUUGUGGAGGUUCGGGUUUGUGGGAUAUAAUUCAAAUAGUAUAGGAUUUCAAAUGAUUACCCGUGUGUCCAUAUUAGUGAUUAUCAUGCAAAUGUGAUGAUCAAAUAGUAUAGGAUUUCACACUUAGCAUCCUAAAAUUACUUUAGCAAUAAAAUCGCUAGUGUGUAUACGUUAUGAUGUUUUACAUUUAGAUAAAUACGGUUCAUCACGAGGAUAAACAGAAGAUUAUUU